UCAAAAUGACCGCUUUGCUGAUAUUAUUCACAUUAUUUAUAGUUUUAUUGACCUACGCCUUCAAGUUUAAAGAUCGCAAACCGAUAUUUGGUGUUUACGCCGUACCGGGGAAGUGGUAUUAUUUAAAAUAUGUCGUUUUCGGAGCUCUUUAUUAUUACAGAAAGUAUUCAAGUAAGAAUUCAGCUGCCGGUAAUGAUGGUCGGGCCGGGCAGGGCGUUAAGGCCAUAGCCGAUCCAGCUGACAUGGAGCGAGCACAACCAUUGAGCGACCAUGCUAAGGCUUUCGAUGCCAUAUUCUUUAUAUCAUCGAAAAGUGAAAACGGAAAGGGCGUAUACAUCAUUAGCGGCUGCGAACGAAGACCGAUGGGAAUGUGCAACGGACUGUUUUAUAUCGGACUCCCAGGAAAAGGUCUUCUCUGCAGCAAGAAGAUACCGGACACAGUCCUUUUUGGGGCUGAAAUAGGAGAGUUCGGCGCUGAAGGGAUCAAGAUGACACCGGUUGAACCUAUGAAGAAGUGGAAUAUCUCUUACAAGGGACAGAUGUGGUACCAAAACGACCCCAGUAAGUUUGUCGAUGUGGACUUCACCGGAGAGUGGACAGCCACUACGAAAUAUUUUGAUUUCGACACAGAUUUGUAUCCUGCUACCGUCAUCAGGUCAAUAGCCAAAGAAAAAUGGAGCAGAGAAUACUUUGAAUUGCUUAAAACAGCUCACCAGUCACACUACGAACAGUUCGGCAACUUAAAAUGCGAGUUCAAAAUAGGGGAAGAAUCAUUUGAAUACACUCUGCCUUCCUUCAGAGAUCAUAGUUUUGGCCAUAAACGUGACUGGACUCUUAUGUACCGAUAUGCUUUCCAUCAUAUCUUUUUGGAAGACGGCACCAGCAUCAGCGUUGGAGUCAUCUGCCAGCCAUCUACUGCUUCCGUGUUCGAAGCCGGUUGGAUAGCCUUACCAAACAAAGAGUCAUAUCCCGUCAAAUGGGUGGAUUUGAAGUUAUACCAACACGGAGAAGGGGGGCAGGCUCCUAAGGACUACGCUUUCCAAUUCAAGGCUGGAGACGAAGAGUACACAGUUCAGGCUUUCGAUGCCAUAUUCUUUAUAUCAUCGAAAAGUGAAAACGGAAAGGGCGUAUACAUCAUUAGCGGCUGCGAACGAAGACCGAUGGGAAUGUGCAACGGACUGUUUUAUAUCGGACUCCCAGGAAAAGGUCUUCUCUGCAGCAAGAAGAUACCGGACACAGUCCUUUUUGGGGCUGAAAUAGGAGAGUUCGGCGCUGAAGGGAUCAAGAUGACACCGGUUGAACCUAUGAAGAAGUGGAAUAUCUCUUACAAGGGACAGAUGUGGUACCAAAACGACCCCAGUAAGUUUGUCGAUGUGGACUUCACCGGAGAGUGGACAGCCACUACGAAAUACUUUGAUUUCGACACAGAUUUGUAUCCUGCGACCGUCAUCAGGUCAAUAGCCAAAGAAAAAUGGAGCAGAGAAUACUUUGAAUUGCUUAAAACAGCUCACCAGUCACACUACGAACAGUUCGGCAACUUAAAAUGCAAGUUCAAAAUAGGGGAAGAAUCAUUUGAAUACACUCUGCCUUCCUUCAGAGAUCAUAGUUUUGGCCAUAAGCGUGACUGGACUCUUAUGUACCGAUAUGCUUUCCAUCAUAUAUUUUUGGAAGACGGCACCAGCAUUAGCGUUGGAGUCAUCUGCCAGCCAUCUACUGCUUCCGUGUUCGAAGCCGGUUGGAUAGCCUUGCCAAACAAAGAGUCACAUCCCGUGAAAUGGGUGGAUUUGAAGUUAUACCAACACGGAGAAGGGGGGCAGGCUCCUAAGGACUACGCUUUCCAAUUCAAGGCUGGAGACGAAGAGUACACAGUUCAGGUCCUAGUGGAAUACGAAUCAAUCCACUACGUAUCCGACGAAUGGGAUGCUCGUAUGGUGGAGAGGUUCUGCAAGUUCACCGUCAACAACAUCCCGGGACGAGGCGUUUCGGAGUUCCACUACCGACAUACCGAUGGUCGGCCUGAAAGUGUUGCGAAAAACGACCCGGAGUGGUACAGGAAAAUGUGUCACAAGAUUUAAAUAAA